AUGGAACCGCGCUUGAAGUUGAGCAAGCUCAGCACAGAGCCGCCAGUCGAUGCGACGGUGUACAGGAGCAUCGUCGGGAGCUUAAGGUACUUGGUCAAUACCCGCCCUGAUUUGGCAUUUGCGGUUGGGUAUGUGAGCCGGUUCCUGGAAGAUCCACGCGAGGAUCACCUCGCAGCUGUGAAGCGCAUCUUGCGCUAUGUGGCCGGGACCCAAGGAUGGGGUCUCUGGUUCAGCAGGAGGGAGAAGGAGAAGCCUUAUCUGACAGGUUUCAGCGACAGUGAUUUCGCCGGGGAUGUUGAUGCGAGCAAAAGCACAACCGGCGUGAUGUUCUUCCUCAGCGGCAGUCCGAUCACCUGGCAAUCCAUGAAGCAGAAGGUGGUGGCAAAAUCCAGCUGUGAGGCAGAGUAUAUAGCAGCUGCUAACGCUGCUAGUCAAGCAUUGUGGCUCGCUCGUGUGUUGUCUGAGAUGCAGGGAACAGCAACAAGAGCGCCAAUGCUGAGGGUGGACAACAAGUCUGCCAUUGCUUUGAUCAAGAAUCCAGUUCUCCAUGGACAGAGUAAACACAUUCGAGUGAAAUAUCACUUCGUCCGGGAGACUGCAGAGGAAGGUCUGAUCAAUGUGGAGUUCAUCAGAAGCGAAGAUCAACUGAGCGACAUUCUGACGAAAGCGCUUGGAAAGACCAAGUUUCAUGAGCUACGCGAGAAGAUCGGCCUCAUCAACAUCAACGGUGAGCACAAGGCUUAG